AUGACCAUCGAAGAGAAGACGGCCCAGUUGAUCCAAGGUGACCUUGGGAACUGGAUGAAUAAGACCACUGGAGCGUUCAAUGAGAGCGGUCUCAUUGAGAAUAUGGCUCUCAAAGCCGGAAGUUUCUACGCUGGAUAUCCGACAUCUGCAUCCUCAAUUACCGAAAAUAUCCAGAGGGCUCAAGACUAUCUUGUCAAUAAGACGCGACUUGGGAUUCCGGCCAUUGUCCAAUCUGAAGGUAUUCACGGAUUUCUGCUAGUCAAUGCUACAAUCUUUAACUCUCCCAUUGGAUACGCCUGUGCUUGGGAUCCUGAGCUAGUCGAGAAAAUGGCCAACAUCAUCGCUCAGGAAGCUGCGGCUAUUGGUGUCAACCAGAUCUUUUCGCCAGUUUCUGACCUUGCCCGGGAAUUGCGAUACGGCAGGGUGGAGGAAGGUUUCACCGAGGAUCCAUAUCUCUCUGGAGAACUCUCAUACGCAACAGUUGUUGGCCUUCAGAGCCGGAAUGUUUCCGCAACUGUCAAGCACUUUAUCGGUUACAGUGAGCCUGAACAGGGUUUGAACACUGGUCCAGUUCAUGGAGGUGACAGGGAGUUACGCACAACAUGGAUGCCGGCCUUCAAACGCGCAAUUGUGGAUGCUGGGGCGUGGAGUAUCAUGUCAGCUUAUCACUCCUAUGAUGGAAUCCCUUCAGUCUCCGAUGUCUAUACCCUGACCGACAUCCUCCGUGGCGAGUUGGACUACAAGUACUGGGUCGUCAGCGACGCGGGUGCCACCGACCGGGUCUGCACAUAUUUCAAACUGUGUCAGGGCAACCCCAUUGACUCAGAUGCAGUAACCUUGGAGGUCCUUCCCGCUGGCACCGACGUGGAAAUGGGAGGCGGAUCAUUCAACUUCAAACAGAUUCCGAGCCUCGUCAAGGAUGGAAGAUUGGAUGUCAAGACUGUGGAUCAGGCAGUAUCACGACUCCUCCGCGCCAAGUUCGAAAUGGGCCUGUUUGAGAACCCAUUCCCCGCUGCCCCACAAGACCAGUGGCCUUCUUUGAUGCAUACUGAUGAAGCGAUUGAUCUGGCUCGUACAAUAGACCGGGAAUCGAUCGUGCUCCUAGAGAACCACAACAACACUCUUCCUCUCAAGAAGACGAACAAGAUUGCGGUUAUAGGUCCUAUGGCUCAUGGAUACAUGAAUUACGGAGACUACGUUGUACAGGGAAGCCAGAACCGCGGAGUGACGCCUCUUGAUGGGAUACGUGCUGCUGUUGGCGAAUCGGCCAAGAUCACCUAUGCGCAAGGAUGUGAACGGUGGAGUAACGACCAGAGCGGUUUCCCGCAAGCUAUCCAAGCAGCUAGGGAGGCGGAUGUCGCGGUAGUCGUCGUGGAUCUUAGGACUGGCGAACACGUCGAUGUCAACAGCCUCAAUCUCGUCGGUGCGCAGGCCGACCUCGUUCGUGCCAUCUCCGACACGGGGAAACCCACAGUCGUGGUCUUUUCUUCGGGUAAACCCAUUACAGAGCCCUGGAUUGCCAAUAGCACUGCGGCCUUAGUGCAACAAUUCUACCCAUCUGAACAAGGAGGAAAUGCUCUGGCUGACGUCCUCUUCGGUGACUACAAUCCCUCUGGUCGACUGUCUGUGAGCUUCCCUCACGACGUGGGAUCUCUCCCGGUGUACUAUGACUAUCUCAAUUCAGGCCGCGCAAUUGGAGAUUCCGGACACGUUGGUGCCAAUGGAACCAUUGUCUUCGGACAUCAGUACGCGAUCGGCACGCCGCAGCCAUGGUAUCCCUUCGGAUACGGCAAGUCAUACUCGACUUUUGAGUAUUCGUCUAUAUCCUUGGAUAAAGCAAAUACCACGGUCAAGGACACACUUACGGCCAGUGUCGAUGUCACGAAUACUAGCCCCGUGGAUGGAACGGAGGUUGUGCAGCUAUACAUUGUCGACACCAUUGCCAGUGUCGAUGUGCCUAAUCGCAAGCUGAAGGCGUUCAAGAAACUUCGUGUCAAAGCUGGUGAGACAGCUACCGUCAAACUUCCUGUCUCCAUUCAAGGAAUAGGACUGUGGAAUAGGAAGAUGAAGUAUGUUGUGGAGCCGGGCGAGUUUGCCGUGCUGAUUGGAAGAAGCGCGACGGAUAUUGUUGGAAACGCCACCUUUUACGUUUCUUGA